AUGACGGUCUGGAGGAGCUGCAGCUCUGUCUCUCUGCUUUGCCUCGGGGUGUCUUUACUCCUGGCGGGUCCCUGUCAGUCGGGCUGUCGGGAAGCGGGUCUGUGCUGCACCGGCCGGGACCCGUCAUGCAUCAGCAGGGGGUGGAGGUCUGACCGGUCCUAUGGCACCUGCUACUGCGACCAGGCCUGCGUGUCCACCCUGGACUGCUGCCACGACUAUGAGACGGCCUGCCCAGCGGUGUCCUGUGUGGUGAGCGAGUGGGCCGGGUGGUCGGGCUGUGCCGAGCCCUGCAGGGCCACGGUUCGCAGGCGCAGCAGGACCAUCCUGCAGGAGCCGCUCAACGCGGGCGAACCCUGCCCCCACCUGGAGGAGCAGGCCGGCUGUGCAGAGUACUGGACUCAGAGAGGGCACUGUCACAACUCACUCGUCCCAGCGCUUAUCAUCACUGGUGGCUAUGGCAACGCCAGGAAGAAAAGAGACAUCCCCGACAGCAGCGACAUUAUAGGGUAUUGUGUCCAGUUUCGGUUGACCUCUCUGACAAAAGGAUGCCAGCACAGCGCGGGCCCACACACCCAGUGGAUGGAGCACCUGAGGGAGGGGCACCGCGUGUGUGUGGAGUGCCAGCCACCGGCUCUGGCUGCUGGACAGGCGCACUGCACCGGAGACGGAGAGGAAAACCAAGAGGACAGAAGACAGUCUCUCCAGUGGCAGGCGGUGGGAAACCCUCGAUGCAGGGGUGUGUGGAGGCGUGUUGGGAGGCUGGAGGCCUGCUCCUGCCCAACAGCUCACAGCUUCCUCUUCAUCUAA